AUGACCCUAGUAUCUUCGUCCACGAUGGCCAUGGAUGCAGAGAAACAGACAGACGCAGUUGUCGACAAACCAUCUUCCGAAGAGGAUGUGACGACCACUGAACACGUCAAUGAUGUGCUCACUCGCACUGACACCUACCUUGAUGAUCAGCACGUCAAGCUGGGAUGGAGGACUUGGCUCGUGGUCAAUUUGACCCAAGUCUUUGUCGUGACCGCUGCUGGACAAGUUAUUGCUUUCAUCAUCCGCGAUCUGGGAAACCCAGGUCUGGCUGGCUGGAUCAUCCAGGGUCCUCUUGUUAUGCAAAGUGCCUUGUCACCCAUUGUUGGCCGGCUCUCGGACGUUUUUGACCGAAAAUGGGUCCUCUCGAUACCCUAUAUCUUCUCAUUUGUUGGAGCUUGCAUCUCUGCAAGAGCAACUGAUAUGAACACAUUGAUCGGAGGGGGAAUCCUCAUUGGGAUCUGCCUAGCGACUCUUCCACUUCUGCUUGCAAUCCCGUCCGAAAUUCUCCCCAUGAAGUAUCGUCCUAUUUCUGGCGGAAUCGCAUUUUUCGGAGGUGCCUGUGGUGGACUUAUCGGAAUCCUUGGUGCCGGUGCCGUCACGAAUCAGAGCGUCCAUGGUUGGCGUAAUAUUUUCUGGCUGCAAGCCGCCCUUCAUGGAAUCACCUUUAUCGGUCUGGUUCUCUUUUAUAAUCCCAUCCGUCGCUCUGAUUAUCCUAAGAUGAGCUUCAAGGGGUAUAUAUGGAGCCUGGAUCCCAUUGGCUCUGCUCUCUUCGUCUCGGGAACAACACUCAUAUUGCUCGGCUUGGAUUGGACCAGUGGUUCAUAUCCUUGGAAGAGCUCGCACGUGCUCGCACCGCUUUGUUUGGGAAUUAUUUUAAUUAUAAUAUUUGGUUUCUAUGAAUGGAAAUGCAGGGUCGAUGGACUAGUAGCUCAUGCUUUCUUCAAACGUGGACGCAAUUUUGCGUUGGGAUUAUUUGGUUUUGCUGUUGAAGGAUGGAUGUUCUACAGCGCCGUGAAUAGCGUCACUCCUCAACUAGUCCUCAAUCUUGGUUGGGAGACUACAGCUUGGGAUAAUGCAACCCGGCAAAUGACUUACCAAAUCCCUGCCAUUAUCGGCUCUUGGAUUAUAUCGGCCUAUGCGACGAAAUACAAGGAACUCAAAUACCCUCUCGUCAUUUGUUUCACUUUGUUCCUAAUCUCCAGCAUAUUCUAUGCCACCGUCAGCCCAACAGAAAAUCAUGCGCAAAUGGGUAUAAAUGUCCUCACUGGUUUCGGACAGGCCGGACCACUUACUCUCAUCACCCCCAUCAUCCAAUACUCAUCCCCCCACGCCUUGCUAGCCACUGCGAGUGGUCUUGCAGCGGUUGUCCGCGCUGUCGGUGGGGCUUUUGGCUCCGCGGUUCUUGAUGCAAUCGCCAAUGGCCACUUGAGUUCUACCCUCGAUCCUUCGGUCAGUAGGGCAGCUACCAUGGCCGGUCUUCCUGCUAGCAGUGUACCGGCACUUCUGGCGGCAUUUGCUGCUGGAACAGGGUUUGACAGCGUUCCCGGGAUAAACUCAACAAUUCUGGAGGCAGCCAGUGAUGCCAGUCAUUGGGAAUAUGCACAUGCAUAUCGACUGGCCUGGUCAAGUGUCAUUCCUUUCGUAGCGCUGGCGAUCAUCGGAAUUUUAUGCCUCACGGAUGUGAAGGAGAUGAUGACCGAGCAUGUUGAGGCCUCUGUUGAGCCAGGUGCUGCACAACAGGUAGCGAACCAUGAAGCGAGCCAUGAAGCGAGCCAUGAAGCGAACCAUAAGGCUUGA